GAAAGGCGUCCAGCUCCUGCUGACAUUUUCUGUUCCGACUCAGCAGCUAAAAACCGGGAAUCAGAGCGCAGAGAUGCCGGGGAUGAUGGAUAAAGGCUCGGAUUAUUUGGGGAAAGGUCGCUCGAACGGCACCAAGAGUCCGUCCAACGCUUCUAACGGACAUUUUUCUGACGAAAGCGGCAGCGACGACGAACACGAUGUGGGGAUGCGGGUCGGAGCCGACUAUCAGGCCAACAUUCCUGAGUUUGAGCCCGGUUCCACCAAGUACACAGAGAAAGACAGCGGAGGGAUGCUGGUUUGGUCUCCGUAUCACACCAUCGUGGACUCAAAAUUGGAUGAGUACAUCGCUAUCGCCAAAGAGAAACAUGGGUACAACGUGGAGCAGGCUCUUGGGAUGCUCUUCUGGCACAAACACAACAUUGAGAAGUCUCUUGCCGACCUGCCAAACUUCACGCCAUUCCCAGACGAGUGGACGGUGGAGGACAAGGUGCUGUUUGAACAGGCCUUCAGCUUCCAUGGCAAGAGCUUCCACCGCAUCCAGCAGAUGUUACCAGACAAAUCCAUCUCCAGCUUGGUAAAGUACUACUACUCGUGGAAGAAGACACGGUCCAGAACAAGUCUGAUGGACCGACAGGCUCGUAAACUGGCCAACAGGAGUAACCAGGACGACAGUGACGAGGAGAUGGAGGACGCCAAUCCCAUUGAAGCCAACGACAGCGACUAUGAUCCCAACAAGGAAACCAAGAAGGAGAACCAGACUGAGCCGGUGGUACCGGGCUCUAAGGUGGCUUUGGGUAGACGGGAGCACCAGACCCUGCAGCACCGACACCACCAGCGCUCCCGCUGCCGCCCCCCCAAAGGCAUGUACCUGACCCAGGAGGACGUGGUGGCCGUGUCCUGCAGCGCCUCUGCUGCCAACACCCUCCUCCGUCAGCUGGACAUGGAGCUGGUGUCCCUCAAAAGACAGGUUCAGAACGCCAAACAGAUGAACAGUGGACUGAAACACAUGUUGGAGACGGGGAUCGAAGACUUCCGGCUGCCUGAGUGUAACCAGAAGGUGAACGCCCGCUGGACCACGGACGAGCAGCUUCUGGCUGUUCAAGGUGUCAGGAAGUACGGGAAAGACUUCCAGGCCAUUGCAGACGUCAUUGGAAACAAGACUGUGGGCCAGGUGAAAAACUUCUUUGUGAACUACCGGCGGCGAUUCAACCUGGAGGAGGUGCUGCAGGAGUGGGAGGCGGAACAGGGAACUCGAGCUCCUAAUGGAGACAGCGCCACCUCUGGAGAGGAGGGGAAGAACAGCUCGACCACUCCGUCAGGAAAGAGCACUGACGAAGAGGACGAGGAGGGUCAGGUGACCUCCUCAGGUGCAUCUCCUGCUGCCUCUUCUUCUUCUGCAGCUCAGACUCCGGUGACGUCCAACGCCUCCUCCUCGUCCUCCUCCCUCCACCAGCCCCCUCCUCUCCUGCGGCCGACCCUCCCGGCCACACCCUCCCUCCAUCGCCAGCCUCCACCCCUCCAACAGCAGGCCCGCUUCCUGCAGCCCCGGCCCACUCUGCAGCAGCCCCCGCCUCUCAUCCGCCCCUCCAACCCGCUGCCCCCUCGCCUCAACCCUCGCCCUCCUGCCCCGCUGACCCUCGGUGGCAGCUCCGGGGGAUCGGGCCCUAGCGCUGCUCUGCAGCCGUCCGGCCUGGCUGCCCACCAGUCGGACACAGCCUCGUCUUCCUCCCUCCACUAGCAAACGUCCAGCUGAGCUUCUGUUCAGGAUACUGAAGAGAGGGGAUGUUAAGUUUGAACCUGAAAGCUGUCUGCAUGCCCGCUGCAUUCAGGUCCUGUGGGUGAAUCCGACUGAAUUAGAAACAACAGAUUUUCACUGCUGCUGAUCAGCUUCUCCACUCUGACUGAACAAGAGCAUAAAGGUCACACAUUUACACAAAUCUAAGUCUCAAAUAGUUUGUUUUUAAUGUUUAGGGAAAAAAUUGUUCUGGGUUUCCAUCUGUGUGUCCCCGGGUCCGUACAUGCAGCCCUGUAGGUUUAGGGGUCUUGAGUUUUAAGAUCUUCGUUUUAUAAAGGAGGCUGAAAUAGAAGGCUUUCAUUUUGCAGAUGUCAACAGAAAGUGUGCAGACUAUUAAAUCAGAGCCUUGUAACAUCCACUAGUCCUCAGCAGGUGUGUCAUCCCACAGGGCUCGGUCCUGGAUCCCUUUGUUUUUACCCUAAAUGUCUCCAGCUGGUCUUAACUGUACAAGUACAGUGAUGUUUGGAGCUGUGUGAGGCUGUACUGAGUGAAACCUUGACUUAAUGGCUGACGUCAGCAUGCUAACAUGUGCACAACGACAACGUUGUAUUAAAUUAGCAGGUAUAGUGUUAGCAUGCUAACAGUUGUCAUUAGUUUUGCAGGUAUUUUUAGCUAAUGGUGGCACAAGAAAAGUGAAAAGUCAGAGGACUACCAAAGUUUUUAGAAUUCCUCCAUCCUUCCGUCCAUCUUUAUUUUUCUAGAGCGAGGCCGUAACCCAACAGGCCAACAGCGAUGGUGGACAGAAAGCUGCCUGUAGACAAACUCCCACCAAUCGGAGAACAAGAAGUUCUGUAAAUCCAGACCUUGAGUCAGUGUGAUGUUGUUUCGUAUGAAGCUCCUGAUUUGUUGGAAUCUGUGCCUGUCAGGCUUCACGGUUACAUCUGCAGUGGGAUGGAACCCUUUAGAUUGUAAUGACUCCAUGACCGUGUCCUCUAGCGCCACCCACAGGAAGAACUUUACAUUUUUUAAGGAGAUAAGUCAUCAGGAUGUUAUUUAUCCAUAAUUGUGGCUGUAAUUAAGGCUACAGCUGCUACAGGACACCAGCAGGGCUAUUAGCAUCCUUCUGGUGACUUUCUGUGUUUUCCUUCAACCGAUUAGAUUCAAGCCUAAAAUCUGAAUACUUUAUGACCCAGCUCUGGUUGUUGCUCUCAGUUCAGUCCAUUGGUUUCUGCUAAAGAUCUUUAAGAAAGACUCAGACAAAGAUGUGUGGUUUAGUCAGCUGGCCAACAGCAGGAGCAAACGGUGUGUUUAUGGUGAUGAAGGAAGACCCAGAGCAGCAGUGCUGCUUCAGCUCUGCACAUGGGCUUUACUGUAGAGAAAUACCGUACAGAAAAUCAUCACAACUGUGACCCAUGUGCAUGAAAUCAGUCGCUUUGCGCCUCGGGCUGCAUCCCAGUUAGCCUGAACUACGUUACCACAUGAUGAAGUAUUGAUUUGGGUUUGCUACGUAGAUCCAUGUCGUCCUUUAAUGACAGAGCGUAGUGACGUCACGCCGUCAAAUACCGUCAGCGUGCACGAGCACUGACACCAGAAAGAAGGAAAUCAUGUGUGUGCACACACUGCGAGCAACGUGUCGCUGCCAGCCAAUCCUGUCCUGUGAUUUGGGUCUUGUGGGGGCAACAUGCCGCUUUAGUUUAGGCAUAAUGGCCCGAGGCGUGAUGCAACUGGUUUGGUGCAGCCGGGUCACGUUUAUACUCUGAUGCUCUGCUACUGAGCCAAAAUGGUUGGUGGCAGUUUGCAGGAUGUGUUCCCCGGGAUGGCCCUGUGUCCAUGGCAACCAGUGGCAGCGACGUCAUGGUGAUGACUGACCUACAGGCGUCAGUGUUGUGUACAGUAGCAUUAGACAUCAACGUGUACAGUUUGGUAUGUUUUUGGAUAACUUGUCCAGACCUUGUUCGUUAACUCAAAACAGCUGCAGUACAUCUGGUUUUAUAGGUGAUUUGAUGCUUCUGGAACCACGAAACUUUUAAAUGAAACAUGUUCCUUGCUGUUCUAUUGAUUGUUCUGUUUUUGGGUUUCCUGUUUCCUACUUGAACAUUCAUUUGGAAACUGAAAACGUCAUCGUCCCCUGGACUCAUCAUGUGAACCUCAUGUGCCGUCUGUCUCGUCUUUCCAUUAUUUAUUCUUCUUCUCCUGGUGCUACCAGUUUGGACUUGGUGUAAAAUAUCAUUGUGGAAGUGCUCUUAAUGCUUUUUGGACAGAUGUGUAUCACAGCAUUAAAUGUAACUGGAAUCAUACGUGGAGUCUUUGAGUUUCAGUGGAACCUGUGAACAGAUUGAUGUUAGUUGGAGCUGCUGUUCUCAUUAAAACGCCGUUUGUACCGUC